UUGGAAUGGGAUUUGUUUUGCAAAUCUUAAAAUACAAAGAUUUAGCGUUGGAUAAUCAAAACUUUUAUGAUAAAAAGAUGAUUUGAUAACAGGCUAUGGCAUCGCAAAUGGGUCUUUAUAUAAUGCAUUUGGAAUGAUAUUUCUUUUUGCAAUAUUUAAAUACUUGGUAUGUAUGGUACAUAUCUGCUAACUCUUAUCAUUAAAAGGUGCCUUGAUGAUAGGCUAAGGGUCAAAUAGGAUUUAUAUAAAGCAUUCUUUGGAAUAAGACUUGAUUUUGUAAUUUUUAAAUAUUAAGAAUGAAUUUUCUAUUGAACCAUGAUACCUGCAAUACUGUUAUCAUUAGUUAAGGCGCCUUAAUGAUAGGCAAAGGUAUCUCAAAUGGGUUCUUAUAAAAGGCGUUCAUUUGGAAUGAAAUUUAUUUGUGCAAUUUUCAAAUAAUAAGUAUUGUAUUGGACCAUAAUACCUGUAGAACUGUUAUCUUAAUAAAGGUACUUUGAUGAUAGGCUAAGAUAUCGCAAAAGGGGGUUUACAUAAGCAAUCAGUUUGGAAUAAGAUGUGAUUUUGCAAAUGUUCGGACACGAAGCGUAUUAUUUUCUUAUCAAUUAAUAAUUGUGAUUUGAUUGUAUUGCAAAUGGGUCUUUACAUAAGGAACUCGUUAAGAUUACGAUUUGUUUUUGCAAAGUUCCGAAACGAAGAAUGUGUUUUGUUUUUGAGCAUAUUAUCUGCAAAACUCUUAUCAUUAAUUAAUUAAUUACGGGUAAUGUUACGCUUAGAUUAGCGAUACUAAGCGUUUUGUAAACAAGUCGGAUAAACACGGCCACACACACAUAUGACCUGCUAUAAAGUCUCGAUCGAUGGGGUGAAUGGAGCUUAUCGCCACCACGGCACGUAAAUCAAUAUUAGUCUUAUCUUGACUAACUGUGAGAAUUCGCACAAACCGCACAACAGACCAAAGAUAUUGGCCCUCAGCCAUGACAGAAACGUGUAUCCAUAACCACGGAGCUCACUAGAGUUUCACUUUCCGCACGACAUGGGUUACUGGUCGGAGACUCGGGCCUGGAUCUUCCGUGAUCCAGCCAAGCUCAUUCGCUACCUGGUCCUCUUCGCCUGCUGCAUUGUGGUCAUUGUCCAGUUGUACGAGUGCUUCUCCAAGCUCUACGAUCCGCCCAUCUCCACGCAUUCCUACUACAGCCUGAACGAAACCAUCGAAAUGCCGGCGGUCACCAUUUGUCGGGAGCCGCCUUAUAAAGAGGAGAUGCUAACGCGCCUUUCUGGAGGUGCCUGUCCCCACCCGAAAUAUGCCACCUGCUGGAUGAACUAUCCUUUUGGAGAAAUAUCUCUGGAAGAGUUCUUUGAAAAUAGCACUCAUGAUAUGGACGACACUUUUGUUUUUUACGGCCUUAACGGAAAUCCAAAUAAUGUGGUAAUGAACAGCAGUCUACAUUUUUAUAUGGGUCGGUGUUAUACCCUUAGACCCAAGGAACCCGCCAAGAGGGUAUCAAGAGACGUGGGAUACUCCCUGAUGCUAGAACAUUCCAUGUUGACCACUUCCACCAGCGAUGUGGAUACAGGUGGUGUCGGCUGGCAUGUUUUCAUACACGAUAAGAAGGAAAACUUUACAGAAAUCAACAUGAAGGGUUCUGGGCGUGUGGAAUAUGUUUUUGUGGGUGUCAAUGAGGAAAUUGAGAUCAAGCUUCAGACCCAAUACUUCUCCAAUGUCCAGACGCGUCAAGAGGCUUGUUCCCCCGAUGAGGACUACAGUGACUUGAAGUGUGGUGAGCAGUGCAUCUGGCAGGAUUUGGCUGAUAAUAUGCAGUGUUCGGGACCUUGGAUGCAUGAAACCGCAAGUGAGCCCUGCAACGACUCUGUUUCCAUGAGAAAACUAAUAUCAGACUAUAAGGAUGUAUAUGAAAAUGAGGAUGACUUUGAUUGCGACUGUGUUCAGCCCUGCCAAUCGAGAAUCUACACAACUUUCAUUCAGAACCGCAAGGCCUUCAUUCAGCCAGAGCCCCGCACCCAAAUCUAUAUAUACUACACAACGAAACUGAUAUCGAUGAUUGAAGAGCGUCCCAGCUAUGACACCACACAAUUCAUAGCGGAUGUGGGUGGUUCCCUUGGAUUUCUGCUAGGCCUGUCUGUCUUGGGGUUGAUUGGAAUACUAGAACACAUGACUCUCUUUUUCUGUGGCGGCUUCAUUAAGAAGAUGCAGCAGAAGGAGCAGGCUAGGAAGGAGCGGGAGGUUUCCGAGGAUGGUCAGUCCCAAACCAGCGAUGAGACCAUCGACAUAGCCAUUGCUUAUAAAAAGAAGGAUAAUAAGCAAACUAAAUAUUGAGUCAAGAACCAAGCUGGCUUGGUUCUGCAUUAGAACUA